AUGCCGCCAUUAAGCGACUUCAAUGGAGCCAUUGCCGGCCGCAACGUCAUUGUUGGCUCGCACUUCGAGACUGGCGCCACCAUGAACAAUUACUUCGGAGGCUACCCUAUAAUGCAUGGCAGCCGGAAACGCGUGCCCUUCUCCACCAUUCCGUUCGCACCAGACCGUGACUUCGUCGACCGGCCCGAGAUCCUAGAGUGGAUUCACGAUAAGUGUGUGGGACCAGGCGCUCGAGCAGCGCUGGUCGGUCUUGGCGGCGUAGGAAAGUCGCAGCUCGCUAUCCGAUACUCCUACGACGUCCGCGAUGCGUCGCUGCAAACGUACGUGUUCUGGGUGCACGCCAGCACUAGGGCCCGGUUCGAAGAAGCGUACAGACACAUUGCCGACAGGCUCGAGCUUCCCAGGCGAGACGAUCCGAACGUCGAUGUUUUACAGCUGGUCCGCAACUGGCUGUGUGACGAGACCAAUGGACAAUGGAUGAUGAUUGUUGAUAAUGCGGACGAUAUCGAGGUCUUCUAUCUGAAGCAAACGCGCACGGGGGACGAAUCCUCCCCGCCGGCACCUACACCACUUGCAACCUAUCUCCCUCAGAGCCGUAACGGAUCGAUCCUAAUCACCUCCCGAAGCAAAGAUGCGGCAGCCAGGCUGGCAGGAGGUUAUAGGAACAUCAAGGAAGUUUUUGCAAUGGACGAAACCCAGGCCUUGGACCUCUUCCGAAAUAAGCUAGGGUGCGCGUCAGACGAAGAAGGUGCCGUAGAUCUCCUACGUGCGCUCGACUACAUACCUCUUGCCAUUACACAGGCGGCAGCAUUCAUCAACCGGCGAGGCCGAAUGACGGCGUCCGGAUAUUUGGACGAAUUUCAAAGGAAUGAUAAGAAGAGAAAAAGCCUUCUUAACUGGGAUUCAGGAGAUCUUCGCCGAGAUGAAAGUGCAUCGAAUUCAGUGGUGUUAACGUGGCAGAUAUCGUUUGAGCACAUUCAUGAGCAGAGGCGCUCGGCUGCAGAGCUGCUAUCGCUUAUGAGCUUCUUCAAUCCGCAAGGAAUUCCAGAGUGGAUCCUUCGAAGGCACAGCAAGAGCGUGGCGAAAGCAGGCGAUGAAGACGAGGCUGAUAACGCGUUUGACGAGGACCUUGGUACUUUACAAUCGUACUCUCUUAUAACAGCAACAGCGGACAGAGAUGUGUGUGAGAUGCACGCUUUAGUACAGUUCUGCACGCGAGUGUGGCUUUCCUCAUUCAGCGAUGCAAAGAGGUGGAAGCAGAAGUUUUUAGGACUGAUGGCAAGAGAAUCUCCUCAGGCAGACUUUAAGAACUGGGUGAAAUGCCGGCAGCUACUUCCCCAUGUUGUAUGUUUAUAUGAGAGUGAGUUACCCAGCGAUGAGGCAGUGAAAAAGUGGGCUCUGAUGCUUAACAACGCUGCGUGGUACAUGCAAACGGGGCUGGGGAAGUACGACGAAGCGGAGAAACUGAACCGGCGAGUACUGGAAGGAUGCGAGAAGGAGCUGGGUGUACAGCACCUAGUUACGCUGACGAGCGUGAGCAACCUAGCGUUAGUGCUACAAUAUCAGGGAAAGUACGACGAAGCGGAGAAACUGAACCAGCGAGCACUGGAAGGAAGCGAGAAGGAGCUAGGUGUACAGCACCCAGAUACGGUGACAAGUGUGAAUAACCUAGCGAUAGUGCUACAGUAUCAGGGAAAAUACAAUGAAGCGGAGAAGCUGUAUCAGCGAGCACUGAAAGGAUGUGAGAAGGAGUUGGGUAAAAAGCACCCAGAUACGCUGACGAGCGUGAGCAACCUAGCGAUGGUGCUACGCUUUCAGGGGAGGUACGACGAAGCGGAGAAAUUGAACCGGCAAGCGCUAGAAGGGAGGGAGAAGGAGUUGGGUAAAAAGCACCCAGAUACGCUGACGAGCGUGAGCAACCUAGCGAUGGUGCUACGCUAUCAGGGGAGGUACGACGAAGCGGAGAAAUUGAACCGGCAAGUACUGGAAGGAUGCGAGAAGGAGUUGGGUGUACAGCACCCAGAUACGCUGACGAGCGUGAGCAACCUAGCAGUGGUGCUACGGGAUCAAGGGAAGUAUAACGAAGCGGAGAAAUUGAACCGGCGAGCGGUGGAAGAGAGAGAGAAGGAGCUGGGUGUACAGCACCCAGAUACGCUGAACUCCAUCUACGGUCUUGCUUGUCUUCUAGACAAACAGAAGCGGUAUACCGAGGCAUCAGAACUCUAUCAGAGAGCGUGUGACGGUUACAAGCAGAAGCUCGGUUCUCAGCACCCGACAGCCAUUAAGUGUCUCAAUGACUUUACGGCUAUGCAACAGGAGGCAGAGGAGGAAGGACUAAGACGUAGCAGGACUUUCAAUAACAACCACAAGGCGGCACUUGGAUAA